GAGUCAAACCAAGAAGUAAGAACCAUUUCCUCUGUGAAGACGCCGGUGGUUUUUUUCCUUUGACAUCAGUGAACAUUAGUCACUUGAAGAUUUCCCCACUACAUGGAACCUCAGUUUUUAAUGAAUCAGCCUGGAAGCCAUCUGUGCAGCACUCCAUCAGAACAAGUAUGAACAUGGAAGUAAAGACUGCAUGAGGGGACGCGUUAUGAAGGGCUGAAAAAAAGAAGAAGAAAGAUUAACACACAGGAAGAAGGAAGUGUGAUCUGCGAUAUCUCCAGUUCGUGUGUGUGUGUUUGAGUGUGUAUUUAUAUGUAUGUGUGUGUAUGUGUGUGCUCCGGUGAAGUGCAUGUGUGAACUGAAACACUGACCCGUGCUAUGAGUUGAGGACCAUGUCUCUGAAACUACCUCGCAACUGGGACUUCAGCACCUUCAAGGCUGAGACAGCUCGGAUAGCACGAUCCAAGAGUGUGAUACCUGGAGAGGGAGGCCCCAGCCCAGGCUCGCCACGCUCCUCCAGGUCCAUGGAGAGGCCACUGAAGGCAGGCUGGCUGAAGAAACAACAGAGGUCUUUAGUGAAGAACUGGCAGCAGCGCUACUUUGUGCUGAGGGGAAGCACGCUGUCGUACCACAAAGAUGAUAAGGAGACCACAGUCCAGGGAGUCAUCCAGCUGCGCUUCAGUAAAGUUAAUGAACUUCCUCCAAACUCAGAUGACCCGGGGAAGUACCUCUUUGAGAUCAUACCACGUGCCACAGGAGACAGAGAGCGGUGUCCAUAUGUGUUCAUGGCAAACUCUCAGAGUGACAUGGAGGAGUGGGUCCGCACUCUGCGCCGAGUCAUCGGAGUACCAACAAGUGGAGUGUUUGGGAAGAGUCUCAUGGACACUGUGACGUAUGAACAGCGCUUUGGACCUCACAUGGUGCCAAUCCUGGUGCAGAAGUGUGUGGAGUUCAUCAAAGAGCAUGGGCUGAAUGAGGAGGGCAUCUUCCGCCUCCCUGGUCAGGAUAAUGCUGUCAAACAGUUCAGAGAUGCCUUUGAUGCAGGAGAGAGGCCUUCCUUCCCCAGUGACACAGAUGUCCACACGGUGGCAUCACUACUCAAACUGUACCUGAGAGAGCUGCCUGAACCUGUGGUGCCCUGGACUCAGUACCAAGACUUUCUGGACUGCACCAGCCUGCAGGACUCCAGCAGCACAGAGGGUUGGGAAAAGUUGGAGAAACAAAUUGCUCUUCUGCCCAGAGUCAACUAUAACCUUCUGAGUUAUGUCUGCCGGUUUUUGUUUGAGGUGCAGCUGCAAUCCAAGGUGAACAAGAUGAAUGUGGAGAACUUGGCAACUGUGAUGGGGAUCAACCUGCUCAAACCUCAGAUAGAAGAUCCCAUCACUGUGAUGAAGGCGACUCCUCAGAUCCAAAAACUGAUGACAGUGAUGAUCAGACAGCAUGAGACUCUGUUCCCUCUCUCCAAAGACGUGAUACCAUCACCUCCUUCCAGGAAAUCUGAAAGUCAGAAGAACACUCCCCGAAGCUUUGUUGGCUGGGAAUCUGCAGAGAUGGGUGAUGCAUCUCUGUCUGAGUCUCCAGAAGAAGAGGAGGACAAUGAGAGUCCAGGUCCAGAUAGAGGGAACUGCAGUGCCCAGACCCUCCUGCAGGAGCCUCCCAGUCCAUCUGCAGACGACUGGCUUGGAAGUCCCCGCAAACGUACUCAGACCCUGCCCACCUUCAACUGCCCCCUCACUGGGAUGGCAGCCAAGGCCGACGCCCUCAACAGGUGGAGUCGCAUCCAAGAGAGUGUGGAGGAGAAGACCGGGACAUUGUCAGAGGACAUUUUCAAAAUCCUGGACAUGCGGAGUUCAGGGUCAUUUUUUGGAGGGUCUCAGACGAGCAACAAGGAGGGAGAGGAUAGAUCCACCGCCCGGAGGGGGAGUGACACCACAGGUUCUGCCCAGAAACCUGACAGUGAUUCCCAGUCGCCCCAGGUUCUGCCUCCUCAGAAGAGUGUGAACACCCUGACAGUGGGCUCAGGUCCGCAGGUCAACAACAGGUCAGAACAGAAGAAAGACCAGGAGCAGACUGCACACAGCUUGCAGCAGGAGAACAAAGAGCUGAAGGCCACUGUGGCAGAGCUCCAGUCUGCUCUGGAGGCAGAGCGCCGCCGUGUGGCUGCUCUGGAGAUCUGCCUAAAAAAUGCAGAGCGCAGCCGAGACGAGGCCCAAAGACGCAACGAUGAGCUGCAAAGAGACAUUCAGCAGUUCCUCACUAGAGACACUCAAGCGCCUACCUAAAAUAAUUCAGUCUGGUGUAUGGAUUUUGGACUCUGUUAAACUCAGUAGGACUCAUUUCACACGAGCUGCUUCUGGAAAAUACCAUUGUCUUCCUCUGACGCUGGACUGUCUCCAUUCAAGCUCUGUUUGGUCCUGAAGUUAAUUUAUUGACUCAUUUGUUUGUGCCUGUGGGAAAGGUCUGUUAGAAGAGAUAUAAAUAUCACUAUUUACAUUUGAGACAUUAAACACAAAUCUGCUUCUUCCCACUGCAGCAGGCUGCCUCCAUCUGGUGUAGCUGUUGUACAGAACUUACAGAGAAGGAAGGACACUUUGAAUGAAUGAGUUAUUUACAUGGAAAUACAAGAUCAGACCCUUGAUCGUAGUACAACUGGACUAUAUAUUAUUAAAAGUAGACAAUAUGAAUAUUCUGUGUCAUAUGGACAUGCUCAUUAAAUGCAUCAUUUCAGUGGCAAAUUAAGAAAAAAAACAUACAAGGGUUUUCGUUGAUGUGCAAAAGAUUAUUUUUCUACAAAUAUUUUUGACACCAACCAUGUUUGAGUGGCAACAGCUGGUAGAUGUUACAUAGCGCUGAUGUUACGCAGCGAAUUCAAACGGAAUUUCAUUAACUUUACAGGAACUAAUAAGCAAUAAAAUGGCACAAGUUGACCUGGUGAUUGCAUGAGAGCAAAAUGAGACCAGAUCACCAGAGUUGUUAGGACACAAGUUUUGUCACCAUUAUUUCAUAUGGCAGCCUCUCCAAUUGUUGCUACCAUAUUUUAGCUACUAAAGUGACUGCCAUCAUCAGAGGUCAAAAAGUCAUAUAGCUUCCUAUGUCUUCCUCUGCACUUGUCAGCAUUUUUCUUUAUCAAUACAUGUAAUAAAAAUGAUGCUGGGUGUCACUUAAAGUAGCCAACUUGCAGACAAUUACCACCUGAGCCUACAGGUCCCUCCAGUUCAGAGGUAUGGAGCAUUACAGCACUUUGUUUUGGAUGUUGCAGUCUGCAAAUUGAAUGUUUUGGCUCUAUCUGUCACCAUGAUACCUUUUUUUUUUUGUCUGCAUUUAUUCUCAUUGUUUAACUCCAUGGAAGGGGUGUCAACACUUAAUGAGAUUAAUACACAGCAAAAUAUCUUA